AUGCAGGCCUUCAUAUCAGCCAAUAGACUUCACGGGUACAAAGACGCCUUCAAAUCGAACACAAUAUACAGGCUCAAGAAGUUCAUGAUCAAUCCCUCCAAAACUCUUUACAAGGUGACAUCCCACAAAUACGGCAUCUGCUUCACUGAUCAGACCACCUUUCUUGAGGAAACCGAAGGGGUGACAGGGACGAUGCAGGAUGAAGAAGAUGAGUUUGUUAGUGUUCUUAAGCGUAACACAUACCCUAUACUGUUUGAGAUUCUUCUCUCCACACCUGCUUGCAUCUAUAGGAAUUUUAGAGCGCAAUCUAUUAUUGGGCACUUGAAAUUCUGGUUCAAUGCGUUGGAAAAUAAUUGGCAUCUUCCACGGUUGGGUUUAGUGAAGUGUAAUGCCAAUGCAAACUGGCGUAACAACCAUCUACAUAGCGGUGGAGCUUGGAUUGCACGGGACGGCGGGACCAUAGAGGAUCAGUCUUGUUUCAUGCACGAGAAGCCUUCACUCACUCCCCGGAUCGACUAA